ACGCCGCAAACAAGACAAGGGUUUUUAACUGAUUCUCCUUCCUCCUCCGCCGUGCUGGCUGCUGCUCCUCUUCCUCGCCCGUCGCCGUCUUCUUGUCUCUGGGGCUUCUCUCGCCGGAACCUUGCAACUGUAGCUUGUUCCGCUCUGCUGUCUUAUAAGUGACCACAGUUCCCUGCGAGCUCCUCGCGGUUGACGGACGCAAUGAGAGUGAAAGUUAUUUCCCGCUCCACCGAUGAAUUCACUCGGGAGCGCAGUCAGGAUCUCCAGAGAGUAUUUCGCAAUUUCGACCCCAGUCUACGGACUCAAGAGAAGGCGGUGGAAUACGUCCGAGCCCUAAAUGCUGCUAAAUUGGAUAAGAUAUUUGCAAGGCCGUUCAUUGGGGCUAUGGAUGGGCAUGUGGAUGCUGUAUCAUGUAUGGCAAAGAAUCCAAGUUACUUAAAAGGAAUAUUUUCGGGCUCGAUGGACGGAGAUAUACGACUUUGGGAUAUAGCUUCAAGGCGAACAGUUUGUCAGUUUCCUGGUCAUCAAGGGGCAGUAAAAGGUCUGACGGCAUCUACAGAUGGGCGAGUUCUCGUGUCUUGUGGAGCUGAUUGCACGGUUCGGCUUUGGAAUGUUCCUAUAGCUACACUUGAGGAGUCAGCUGACCCUCCUGGUGAAAAUUCCACUGAGCCGGUUGCCGUUUAUGUUCGGCAGAAUGCUUUUCGGGCUGUGGACCACCAGUGGGAUGGUGAACUGUUUGCAACAGGCGGUGCCCAAGUUGAUGUAUGGAACCACAACAGGUCUCAGCCAGUUAAAAGUUUUGAAUGGGGGACAGACUCCAUUAUAUCUGUUAAGUUCAAUCCGGGAGAACCUGAUAUCUUGGCAACAUCGGCUAGCGAUCGCAGCGUUACUAUAUAUGAUUUACGCAUGUCAUCUCCUGUGAGGAAAGUAAUCAUGAUGACAAGAACUAAUGCUAUUGCAUGGAAUCCAAUGGAGCCUAUGAACUUCACUGCUGCAAAUGAGGAUUGUAAUUGCUAUAGCUAUGAUGCCAGAAAGUUGGACGAAUCAAAAAAUGUGCACCAGGAUCAUGUUUCUGCUGUGUUGGAUAUUGAUUAUUCACCAACUGGCCGAGAAUUCGUGACCGGAUCUUAUGAUAGAACUGUUAGAAUUUUCCCUUAUAAUGGAGGUCAUAGCAGGGAGAUCUAUCAUACUAAGAGAAUGCAAAGGGUAUUCUGUGUCAAGUUCAGCUGUGAUGCCAGUUAUAUUAUAUCUGGGAGUGAUGACACCAACCUAAGGCUGUGGAAAGCUAAAGCAUCCGAACAGUUGGGAGUUGUUUUGCCUAGGGAGAAGAGGAAGCAUGAAUAUCAUGAAGCUGUUAAGAAUCGCUACAAGCAUCUCCCUGAAGUCAAGCGUAUUGUGAGGUACAGGCACUUGCCUAAGUUAAUAUACAAAGCAGGUAUCCAGAGGCGCAUCAUGAUUGAUGCUGCGAAGAGGAAAGAAGAGAGAAGGAAGGCUCACAGUGCCCGUGGAACCGUUGUUACGAAACCUUUACGUACAAGGAGGAUCAUCAAGGAAGUCGAGUGAAAAAAAAUGUUAUGCUCGUGGUGAAUGCCCCGAUUGCAGCAGUUUUGGCAGGAUUUCUUAAGAUCUCCGAUGAGUUUCAUAUUUGGUUCCAGUCCCUUGUAUCUAGCAGCACGGUAUAUAUUUUCUAGCGUGGGUCAUUAUGGGGCAGCGGCAGUUGCCGUUGCUAACGGGAAUCUUUUCAGCUAUGGAGACUCUAUAAGCAAGUGCGAAAAGAAUGUAAGCAGAUACCGUAUCGUACAUGGUGUAUGUGCCAUGUGGUGUUUUGAAUAUUGUGGUAAAUUCGUUUGUGGUGACGGAAUUCUGACCAGCCCAGCGUGGCUGGCGCAAAGGGGACUGGAUAUGCUCUCAUUAUGACCAA